GGAGUGGAGCUGUGCAAACUGCUUGAAAAACCCGACCACUUUCCGAGCAUGAAGCAAUUCGAAGACAACAAGUAAACCAGCGCGGUAGGAUUGAUUUGUUUCCUUGGGUGCACAGCAUUUAAACUUGUUAGCUCGCCAUUUUCCUGUUGGAGAGGCUUCUCGGUAAACUCGAGUCCAAUGGAUCCCAGGAACACUUGGAUCCAGCCGGAGCAAAAGGGACCUGCAAAUUCCCUGUGGAUGCACGUUUGGGAAAUCUGUCAGGGAUGUGGAGCACACUCCGGCAUCGACAACCUUCACCAUCAAGGUAAAUUUGCGACGCUGAAAACGAACUCCAAGGACUCAAACGGCGAGUGUUGCAGAAACGGAGCGCCGCCGCUGCCGCCGCCGGGGAUCGUGUUCGGGAAGCUGCCGGACCGAGACGGCGGUGGAGACAGGGGGAGUGUCCGAAGGAAAGGCUCACUGUCGCCGUCCUCCUCCUCCCUGGAUUCGGAGGCCGAGAGCUCCUCGCCCUCCGGCUCUUCUCUGCAGAUCGACAAUUUGAACGUUGCGGAAGAGGCCAGCCGGUUCUUACACUACGGCGAGCAUGAGUUGAACGAGAACAAUCUGAGACAGCCCCCUGCGCCGUUUCACACUGUUCAGCAGCAACACUGUCGCAGCAUGCAACAAUCUGGCGGCCACACCCCCAGUGGGAUGAAAAAUCAGCGUGGGAACAAGCACCACCAUUAUCAGUCACAUUCAUCUGGCCGCAGAAGGCAUCUGAACAGAGCCAACACUUUCCACGGCAUCAACCCGGCCUUGUCCUACGGCUGCAAUGGACACUAUGUAGACUCUUCCUGCAGCCUGUGGAAAACCAGGCGGUACAGCCCGGGUAUUAAUGGUCUUCAUGAAGAGAUAAUGGACUUUUUCAACUUUGUGUCACCACGACCAGAGGAGGAGGCCAUGAGAAGAGACGUAGUGAAUCGAAUAGAACAUGUCAUCAAGGACUUGUGGCCCACAGCACGGGUGGAGAUAUUUGGCAGCUUCAGCACAGGACUCUAUCUUCCAACAAGUGACAUUGACCUGGUGGUGUUUGGAAAGUGGGACCAUCCCCCACUGCAGGAACUGGAACAAGCCCUGAAGAGGCAUAACGUGUCUGGCCCAUAUCCCAUCAAGGUCCUCGACAAAGCUACAGUGCCAAUCAUCAAACUUACAGACCAUGAAACGGAGGUGAAAGUGGACAUCAGCUUCAAUGUAGAGACUGCUGUCAAAGCAGCACAGUUCAUCAAGAGUUAUCUUAAGAAAUACACUGUUCUGCCACCUCUGAUCUUCGUUCUGAAGCAGUUUCUACUCCAGAGGGAUUUGAACGAAGUCUUUACUGGAGGCAUUAGCUCUUAUAGCCUUAUAUUAAUGGCCAUCAGCUUCCUACAGUUACACCCUCGCAUCGACACACGACGUGCCAACAUCAACCUGGGCAUCCUACUGAUUGAGUUCUUUGAGCUGUAUGGCCGUGAUUUCAACUACAUGAAGACCGGCAUCAUGGUGAAGAAUGGAGGUGCCUACCUGUCCAAGGAGGAAAUGCUCAAAGCCAUGGGGAAUGGGAACAGGCCCUCCAUGCUCUGCAUAGAGGAUCCAAUACAGCCAGGGAACGAUGUGGGCAGGGGUUCAUAUGGCAUCCUGCAAGUGAAGCAGGUGUUUGACUUCGCCUACAUGGUGCUGAGUCAUGGCGUGUCUCCUCUAGCACGUGCUUACCCCAACAAAGAAUAUGACAGUACUUUAGGACGCAUCAUCAAAGUUAGCCCGGAGGUGUUGGCCUACAGGGAGUGGACAAUCAGGAAAUGGGGACUCAAGCAGUAUGCCAAGCUGGAGAACCAUGAUGUAGAGACCUGUGAGCAGGACUUUGCCAGGCUGAUGCUCGUUCCUGUGGAGGAUCAGAGGGACACUUCCUCCCCACUCAGUGCUGACUCUUCCUCACCUUCUCCUAUCUUCCGCGACAGCCCUCAACACCAUUCAUCAUCCUCCUCUCCAUGCUCCUCCUCAUCCUCCUCCGGAAGUGACAUAGAAUCUGAUUCCCCUUCAAGCAUUAAUGGUGCAAUCCAUCUACACCCCCUCACCCUGAGCUCAGUCCCUUCAUUGAUCCAGAUGGCUGCUGACCUGAGGGCCGCACAUCCAGCAGGCUUCAUCCACCCCACACCUCAGAUGUCCCUCUCCUCUCUCUCCGAUUGCCAGUUCUUCCAUGAGAGUCCGCCUUCCAUCAGCCUUGUGCACCGUCCCACAUCACAAGCUGCACAAGUCGCCCAGCACACUAACUCCACAAGCCCUCUACCAAGCCCCCUCCACCAACUCCACCACCCUCAGGUAGGAGGACAGCACAGCCACGCAUACGCCAUGAGAUCUGAUUCCCAUGGCUCCUUCGAGCCACACAGAUUUGGCUUCAAGCACAACCAGGGCGGUAGCCUCCGAGGUCAAAAUCACUCUCAAGGUAACUUCAGUCCCCAGCGGCGGUUCGUUCCCCAGGGUCACAACACGGCACCGGGUUUCAGGAACCAGCAGCAGUACAACCGUAACACCUGGCGACGCAGAAAGAGGGACAAUCUUCCUGCUCUUAACCAGAGUAGAUGAAAUAAUGACGCUUCAUUGAUUUCAUCAAUCUCUGCUAGCAUUGUGAAAGCACUAAGUGAUGCUACAAGAAAUCUUGCAGGUGAAGGGAG